AUGCUGCUCAGCUCCCCUCCAGCGCACAUGCAGUUUCCCUUCAGCGCUGGAUCCCCCAUCCAGAACAUUUUGGACGGCCAGUUCCUGGGCGUGCCUUCGCAAAUGGACACAUUGGGCAACGCCAUCGGGGCGCUCAUCCCAGCCAGCCCUCCAAGCCCGACUUUGCUCAACUCGCAACUAUCACCGGACGGCGAGAUGGAGAACCCUCUGCUCGCUCAGGAUCAAGCUCUGAUGGGCACGCCGCUGCACAUCCCGCCCAUCCUCACCCACCGGGUAAAAGGAGAGCAUUCUGGGAUGCCGGUGUACACCGGCACGCCAAUCAAAGUUGGCCAUCCAUACGGCGUUCAUUGGGAGUCUCCCGUCAGCCACGAGAGCGACAAAGGAGCCGUGGUCAUGUCCAAAGUUCUGGACACCCCACUAUCAAAGAUGAUGGGCGGCCAGUCGCAGGGAAAGAUGCGGCGGCCGUUGAGUUCUGCCCGUGGUGGGUGCGGGAGGAAUGAUGUAGCUGCUGCCAAUCGGCGGCGUUCUUCCCGCUUUCGGGGAGUGACCAAGCAUAGGAGGAGCGGGCGGUGGGAGGCCCACAUCUGGGUGAAGGACAUUGGCCGGCAAGUGUACCUGGGGGGAUACGAAGACGAGGAGCAUGCAGCUGAGGCUUACGAUGUGGCGGCGAUCAAAUGCAAGGGCCGGCGGGUCAAGACGAACUUUGACAUGAGCAAGUAUUCGGACCUGGUGAACUGCAUGGACAGCAUUUCUCUGGAGGAGCUCAUCAUGGCCGUUCGUCGCCAAAGCCAAGGGUUUUCAAGAGGUACCUCGUCCUAUCGCGGGGUCACCCACCAUCCAAGUGGGAGGUGGGAAUCGAGGAUCGGCAUCCCCGGCAGCAAGCACAUAUACUUGGGUUUGUACGAUGACGAGAAGGAGGCCGCCAGGCAGUACGACAGAGCCCUGGUAAGAUUGAGAGGAACUGCGGCAGCCAGCAACUUUGCCCUCUCGGACUACAGGGAAGAGCUGGCAGAAUACCAUCAGAUGCAGCAGAUUGUUUUGCCACUGUUCUGUUACUGGAGCAAAUGCCAUGUUUGCGUUGUGCGCUUGAAGGCUGUACUGAUGGGAGACGCUUCUGCGGAGUCUUCAAUGCUGUCAGGGCCGGAAUUUGAGCACUGGAUCAAGUUCGGUGCCAAGGGGCCAGCAGAUGUCAAACCCAGAGAGGAGGAUGCCGCCACAAUGGGAAACCCGGAGGAGCCCAUGAGGCAGCCCGAGGGCGUCGGAGAAUCUACCUUUGUCGCGACUCAGGACUCUGUUUCGCGAGAGAGUGACAUCCAGGCAGCGCAUGUGGAAUCCGCGGCGAUGGCGUGCAAAAGGUCAAGAAAUGAUUACGAAGGUAACGAUUGUCAUGGCGAUGGAAGGCAGAAUGGUGGCGAAAGAAUCCUGAAAAUGGAAAGGACUGACACCCCAUAG